CACACUGCUCCUGCACCGUGCUGCCCACUAACACACUGGCCCCUUUCCGGUUCUUCUGACUGUAUAACAACGGCUCCUGUGGAUGUAAAAGAAGAUGUAUGCAUGUGAUGGACAUUGACUUCGACCUCUUGGUUAUUAAGCUGCCUUGGUUGGAGCUGCUAGCCAGUGCUAACUUAGCAGUGGCUAACGCGAAUGAAGCGUUCCCAUCGCAGCUAAUGGUAGCAGCAGCUAGCUAGCGUCUCUGGAGCAACACAACGUCAGACGGGAGCUAACGGGGAAGGUGGUGGCCAGAAGCUGCUCCUUGGCUACCAGAUCCUCCAAGCCUGACAGUGAUGCUCAUGGAUCGCUAAAGGACCCUCACAUCUGUCCAGAAUAAAUCCUGAAGACCCAUCAAACAUUCCCUUCUGGAUCAGACGACCCAUCAAAUCCCAUUCUGGAUCAGAAGACCCACCACAUCCUCCUUUCUGAAUCAGAAGACCCAUCACAUCCUCCUUUUUGGAUCAGAAGACCCAUCACAUCCUCCCUUCAGGAUCAGAAGACCCAUCACAUCCUCCCUUUUGGAACAGAAGACCCAUCAGCGUCUCUCUUCUGGAGCAGGUGCCAUCAUGUCAAAGGUGAAACCAAAUGUGAGCUUGCUGUGGGCUAUGACGUGCUGAAGAAACAAGAGGUCCGCUACUACUUGGACUUCAACACUUAGAGACGAGGCAGAUGGCCUUCCUCAAUGACCGACCAUUUGAGAGCCCCAACAAGCAAGGGAAAAAAUAAAGUGGUCCCCCCCAACCAGCGCUUGGAUGUAAAGACGAAGCAUAGGAACUCCGCCUUCCUCUCCUUCUGCAUCUCUCCGUUGCGUCCCCCACAUCUUCAAAGCCAGGGGCCCAAGCUCUCCAUCCCAGGCCCUGUGCGGUCCUCCUGCCCGACACUGAGCCACGCUGGGUGGGUCCUCAGGCCCCGGGGCAGCCGUGGAGGGCGUUACUUGGGCCGUCGAUGCUGUGGAAGGAAGUCGGAAGAAUCGACCCAGGAAGUCCCUGGAGCACAAGGCGGAAAAGGAAGAAAAAGGCCACGGGUCUGAGAGUCCACAGCGCUCGUGACUAAAGGGGCGGAGCCCAGCGUACGCUGCACCUCAAAGUUACUUUUUAGCCCUUCUUUAUCGUUUUUCCCAUGUUAGUUUCUGUUUUAUAUUCUCCUUACAUUUUAAACCCUUUUUGCAUUCAAGGCACCAACAAAUUUGUUUUGUUUUCAUAUUUUUCAUCCUUUUGCGCAUCACUACAAAGAUAUUUCUUUUUUAUUCAUCACAUUAAAUGGAAAAUGGAUGUACAGCAGGGUUUUCUUUUUCUUCGUUAUACUCCGGAUGCUUGGUCCCCCUCAUCAUGGCGUCCCUCUGGUCUGAAACCUCCAAGUGAGAUGGUCCCAAAAGGCCUUCUGCAGCACUAAGAGAUGCCUCCACGAGGGAGUCCCAAGCUAGCGCACAGGCCGGCCUCUCAACAACUGACUCCUCUGGGAAGACUCCUGGACUGAAACACUGAGGAACAAUGCGGCAGGAGCCUUGUAUUUGAAAUCACUUCGUUCGGCACACAGACCAAAACCUUCUCCGUCUGGAGAUCAGCGAUGUAAAAAUUAGAUGCUUUUAUGUUUUAUCUGGACGCUUUUUCUUGAGUUGGCAGCAGGUGGCAGAAGAAACAAAGUCACAAGACACUGAUUAUUUUCUCAUACCGUAGCUCCUUAUAUCCCAAAUUAUUCCUUAGACCCCCCCCCCCGUGCUUGUUGUCACCUGCAUACCUCACAGGCCUCAACUUUACCCUCAUCCCAUUCUGGGUUCCAAGCACAACCCAUGGUAGUGAGUGGAAAGAAACAUUUAAUAAUAAGACUAGUCUUAUUAUGUUUUUUAUUCCUCAAUAAUUCAACCAUGUGAUUGAUUCAUUAUUUUAAAUUCCUUGCAAAGCAUGUUAGAUCACAAUAGAUAUAAGGAUCUUUGUGCAAGCAGUGGUUAAAAAAGUAAACAGGCACGCAAUUCAAAGUCAUGCAUUCAUUUAUGUUAGAUUAUAUCACAUGGUCUAUAGCACAACAAUGUGCUUGAUGAUGGAGUAGAGCCUGUUAAGGUGUGUUGUGACCACGGCAGACUCAUCUUUAAUCCUGGUGACUUGUUUAUCAUCGACCCUGUCUGCCUUUUUUUGUUCAUCAUAAACUGACAAAACAGCCUUGCAGGGGAGAGUCCAAUACGCCUCUGUCACACGUCACACAUGCACAAGUUACACAGGGGCCCUGCUAGCAUCAGUCAAGUGGUCAUUGGCGCACGGCCUGAGAGCCUGGGCGGGCCUGUUGGUGUGUGGAGUAUGUUUCUGAGUGCCUUCUUUUCACCCGCGUUUCGCCAUCCUCCCCCUGCGCUUCAGGUUCCAGUGAAAGAUAGACCGCUUCAUCAUUUGGACCUGAUCGUCUGCCCUCUCCUUUGACAUUAUUAUAUAUAUCUGGUUCUGACUGCUCAGUUCCUCCUCACGCUUUCUCCCUAGCCCCCUCCCCCGGCUCCCCUUUCUGUUCUCCAGUUGAUUUUCUUUUCAUGGAGUUUUCCUUGCAAAGAAAGAACUUAAUCGGACUCCCACUAAGUGGGUUCCCAUCUCAAACCCAUUAAACUCCCAAUAGCAGGGGGAGGGGUCAUAGCCUAAAACCCCUCCCCUCCACCCAAACAUACCUACUGAAAGUAGUCUGCCUCUCAUCCCCUUGCCUCCUUGAAGCUGUUGUCCUUCCCAAGCUCUACUUUCCCUUCCCUUCUGUCAGCGAGUUCCCCAACGAAGAGCUUCCUGAAACACUUCAAUCCCACACUGACACACACUGAUACACACCGACACACACAAGGCAACUGCCCACCGUCCAGACGGACGAGCAGGCCCUGAAGUGAUGCCGACCGGAGGCAGCAGUACCAAGAGCGGAGGCGGGGGGACGUCCUCCUCCCCCCUCCCCCACAUCGUGGCCCCCUCCUCCAGCAGGCCCCUGCGGCCGUCUCGCUACGUGCCCGUGUCGGCCGCCACCUUCUUCCUGGUGGGGUCGACCACGCUGUUCUUCUGCUUCACCUGUCCAUGGCUCUCGGAGCGAUUCUCCGUGGCGGUCCCCAUCUACAAUGGAGUCAUCUUCAUGUUUGUCCUGGCCAACUUCUGCAUGGCCACCUUCAUGGAUCCUGGAAUCUUCCCUAGAGCGGAUGAAGACGAGGAUAAGGAGGAUGACUUCCGUGCUCCGCUCUACAAGACGGUGGAGAUCCGGGGCAUCCAGGUGCGGAUGAAGUGGUGCUCCACCUGCCGCUUUUACCGGCCCCCGCGCUGCUCCCACUGCUCUGUCUGCGACAACUGUGUGGAGGACUUCGACCACCACUGUCCCUGGGUAAACAACUGCAUCGGCAGGAGGAACUACCGCUACUUCUUCCUCUUCCUCCUCUCCCUGACGGCUCACAUCAUGGCCGUGUUCGGCUUCGGCCUCCUCUUCAUCCUGUAUCACCGGCAAAACGUGGACCGCCUGCAGGCCAUCGUCACCCUGGCAGUGAUGUGCGUGGCGGGGCUGUUUUUCAUUCCUGUGGCGGGACUCACAGGUUUCCAUAUGGUGCUGGUGGCCAGAGGCAGAACCACCAACGAACAGGUGACAGGGAAGUUCCGUGGGGGGGUCAACCCAUUCACUAACGGCUGCUGGAAAAACAUCUCCCAUGUGCUCUGCAGCUCUCAGGCUCCUCGGUACCUUGGGAGGAAGAAGCGUCUCCAGAGUGUGGCUGUGAAGCCACCUUUCCUCCGCUCGCAGCUGACUGAGGCCCAGCUGGCUUCCAAGAUCCUGGACAACGGCAUUCAGGGAGAGCUGCACAGGUCCAAGUCGAGUCUGGAGAUGAUGGAAAGCCAGUCAUGUGAUGCGGAGCCCCCUCCCCCGCCCAAACCGGAGCUCCGCUACCCAGGCCUGUCCCGAGCGAACACAGAGGAGAGCAGUUUGUUGAACAAGGCCCCUCCCACCCCCACCAUGUACAAGUUCAGGCCGAGCUACAGUCCGGGCAAGAACCACACGGCCCUCACGCACGCCUAUGCGAACCAGCUGAGCCGGGGGGAGAGCGUGGGCAGUGGCCGGGGGGAGUCCUGCUCCUCCUCCUCCCUCCUGCAGGCCAGCCAAACCCCGGGCUUCCGCUCGCAGCCCAGCCUUGACGGGCCCUCGGAGCGGGGCGGGGGGGCCGGGGGUGAGCGGCGGGAGGGUGCGCGGGAGUCGGCGGGGGGGGGCAUCCCGGGCUACUCCCUGGGCGGGCGCUCCUACCCCUCCUUCUCGGACCCCGCCGUGCUGUCGGGCGGAGGCUCGCGCUCGUCUAGUUCUGCCCACACGACGGGAAGCUCCGCCCACAUGCCGGGCAGCGCCACCCACGCCUCGGAGGGCAACACCAACACCUCGGCAAGCUAUAAGAGUCUGGCCAACCAGACGCCGCCGCCCCACUACCCGUCCCGCAACGGCAGCCUGUCGUACGACAACCUGCUGGCAGGUGGGGAGGAGCCGGGCCCCCCAGAGCUGUCGUCAGGGCGACCCCGGACCCCAGCCACGGGCGGCUACAGCUCGCCCUUCCUCUCGGCUCAGCAGCGGGAAGCAGAGAUGCACUCGUCUUCGGCCACGCUGCUGUCGUCGCACUCCCCGCACCACCACCACCACCACCACCGCUCUGCCCAGCACUACCAGCAGCACCUGCACCGCUCCUCCUCCUCCUCCUCCCCCCCGCCCCAUCCUCCGCCCGAGCGUGAGCGGCUCCUGGGGGAGACGCCCCAUGCCCACCUGCCCCACGACUCCUCGGCCACCGCCCCCCACCUCCACCACCACCCACCGCAGCACCACCACCACCACCACUCCUCGUCCCACCACCACCACCACCACGCCACGGUGGCCCGCCACCCGCCCCGCUUCUCUGCCCCCCAGCACUACCCCUACCGCACGCGCUCUACCGAUGCCCCGCUUGGCCCCGCCUCCUCCCACACUGCCCUGUCCCACACGCCCCACCCCCCGCCCCUGGGCAAGUCCCUAUCCUACUCCAGCGCCGCCGCCGCCGAGAUGCAGUACCGGCUCGUCAGGAAGGCGUCCGCCACGGCCGCCGCCAAUGCGGCAGGGGCGGGUGGUGGUGGGGGGGGGAGCCAGGCACCCAAGGAUGAGCCAUUCCAGAUGAAGGCGCUGAACCGGACCAACGGGGGUCACACCGUCUCUGUGUCCGCCCCCUGCUCCGCCCCUUCCUCUCCCUCCCACCCAAUCGGCAUGUCCCACCGUCAACGAGCAGCCUAUCAAGGGCCGGGUUCCACGCAGAGUCCCGCCCACAAACCCCAGGCCGGAGUGGUGAAGAAAGUGACAGGAGUAGGGGGCACCACCUACGAGAUAUCCGUCUGAAUCGCCAUGGCAACGAUGGGCCGACAGGCCAUCCGUUGAAUGAUAAUUUGCUUCAAACAUUGUCACUAGAAACAUGUUCUACUUGAGACUAUGAAUAACGAGAGGACCAAUAGGGGCUUUUAUUUUGAAGGGGGUACCACUUUGAGCUUAAUGGAACAAAAAGGUUUUUUGGCCAAACUUUCCCUCAUUUAUCUUAACAAUGAGACGCACACUGACAAGUGGCCAGCGUCAACUAGAUUGAGCCAGAUCACCACCAUCAUUGGGCCGCGUCAGGGUGUAAGAAGAAUUUGGCCUCAUUCAGAAAGGCGUCUUCAUGGAAUCAUCACAGUAGGAGAACGGGGACCGAUGUUGGACAGGAGCAGGUGUUGGUGUUCUGUAUGGUCCAAUAGACCAAUGGUGUGGCUGUGAAAAGAGGCUCUUCUGUAUAAUUCCCUGUAGUAGUUGGGAGUAUGGCCCUGGAAGCUGCCGCUCCGCUCACUGGCCUAGUGGUCAUAGAUAUCUCCGAUACAAUGCUGUGGUGGAGUGGUUAGACCCAAACAGACGUGCUUCAUCAAGUCUCCUUCAAAUGGCUCAUCACUUGACUUUGCUUUAUUCAGGCCAGAGGAUGUCGUGUCUUUUUUUUUUUAUUUACUAUUUCUGUGGUAGCAUGCAUCGGCCGAUAUUCCAUAGGCAAUAUAUUUUUGUUUGGAUCAUUUUUCCUCAGACUCCUCAGGGGCCAUAGUCUCUUCCAUCCUUACAUCCAACGUGGUCAUGGACCAGGACUCUGCUUGGAGACGCCAUCUGAUUCAAGUAGUCUGUACUUAAGUUUACAACUUUUCUGACAUUCUUGCCAGUAGCUGGAUGAAAGGACAACAACGGCACUGAGGCAUUAACUUUGAAGGCUAGUAGCUGUAAAAUGACUUUUUGGAUGGCAGUGAAGGGAAAUGCAGUGUCUAAAUGCAGGUUCUCGCUAUUAUUUUUCAAUUGAUAAUAUACCUAGAUGUAAAGAUUCCUUGUUUGUACAGAAUGAUGUGAUUAAGUGUGGAUUUUCUAAAGAAAAAAAGAAAUCUCAACAAAGUGGUAGUGAUGUUGGACUGCAGCAUGCACUAUUAUUACGACUAGCCUCUAUGGGCAACUGUGAUUGGAUGUGGACUGUACUGUUGGCUAUCCUUCGACCCAACGGAAUGGUUUACUCGAGUGAACAAGGAAGAAGUGGCUCUAAUUAAGUGCAGUCUUUUUCCUCAAGAAAUCUUUACAAUUUGCCUUGAAAUCAAAUGUGUUUUAUCUCACUUAUUUUAUUUCAAAUGGUUUUCUAUGAAUUUCUACAUAAAUUUAGCUAUUGAUAAAUAUAUCCGUAGGAGGAUGUUAAUGUCAGCUUCUCCAUCAUGGGAAUUCAAAUUAGGCCCACUUUAGCAGUUGGUCUCAAGCAAAAAGCCCCCAAGAAAUGCAUCUCAAAAAUGUUUUAGAAAAGUGUUAGUGGCACAACGGCCUAUGUGGUGGAGCAUGUUUAGGGUUAAGUAGUUAAAAACAUCGGAUACAUCUGUCCGUUAAUAUUUCCAGGUAAGUUUGAGGGACACAGUCUUCCUUUCUUCCCAAGGAUUAAAAAUAAAAUAUUAUUCUAGUUUGUGAAGUGAGAUUCUCGGGGGGAGAGAUCCAGAACGGCUCGAGUCCAAAGCAGCCAACAGACUACUUUUUGAAGGUUUCUGCAAUGCAGGUUUCAAAUGGAUCAACCAUAUACCGUACACUGUAUGAAGAUGAAUUGGUGCUUUAGCUCAUCUAAUGCCCUUAACAAAAAUGGUGGCUUGUGGUCCUGUUAAAAAAAUAUAUAUACUAUUUAAGUUGCUUUACAGAUUAAUCAAAAAACAAUUGUCCUUAAAUAUAUUAUUGGCUUUUUAAUGUAAUCUCCUGUGUAUUGACAGUGAUGAUCCCCAUGUCGCCAUGGUUUUCAAUGUUCAAUGGUUUAAAGUCUGACCGUUUCAUUAUUGAAACUGAGCUGUACUUCUACUUGUCCUACAAGAGUAAUCAUGUAUACCCAAACCACACAAACGGCACUUAUAAACCGUCUCACAUUUUAAAGUGCGUGACCAGAAAAUCAUUAUAGAAAUGUAGAAGCUAAUGCUGCCUUUUUCCCCUAAUUAAAUGAGUGAGGCUAAUUGCGCUACGGUAAAAUGGUUCCAAUUCCAAACUUCCCAAGAUAUUUGACGGGUUUGUUCCUAUUUGGUGUUAUUAUACCCAAUUGAAGAGCAGGCGUCAGUAAAUGAACUAUCAUGAAAGUCUGGUGGCCAUUUUCUUGGUUAGGGUCACAAGUGUUUGGAUACGGAUAUUAAUUACUUCAAAGCAACAAAUGUGUACUGUACAGCUUAAUGUUUGAACAAUUGUGUUUGUCGUUUUGUGCGUGAGAGGGUGUGUUUGAGGGUGAUAAUAAAAUGAAUGAAAGGUUGGGAUCCUAA